UUCUCAGCAGCUGCCCCAGAGCAGCGCUCAUUUCAGCCUUGCCCACCAGAGGUGGUGUUUCAGAACUACAGCCCCGGUGAGGUCUGUGAAGUGCCGCUGGUUCUGAGGAACAGGGACAAGGUUCCUCACUUGGUGAAGGUCACAUUGAAGAGCUCACCUUAUUUCCAGCUGGUGGGCCCCAGUGACGUGUGCCGCAAGGUGCCACCGGGCCUCUACACCACUGUCCGCAUCCUCUUCAUCCCUGGGCAGAAAAAGGAUUAUUUCCACCAGCUCCUCUGCACCACUGAAAGUGAAGAGUUCAUUGUACCAGUUUGGGCCAUUGGUGCUCGAGCCAUCCUGGACUUCCCUGACCAGCUGGACUUCUCCAAGUGUCCAGUCAAGUACAGCACCCAGAAGACCCUGCUGGUUCACAAUGUUGGAAACCGCCCUGCUUGUUACGAGCUGAGCACCCAGAGGUGA